CACUCUCUCUGAGUUAGCCAUGGAUAAAAUCAAAUUCAUAUUCAUUCUCACAUGGAUAAAUGGAUUAUAUACAGCAAGAGACAUAAAUAACAGAGUUGACAAAGGGAUAUCUACAAACACGGGAGCUGUUGUGACCUCCUGUGACUUCAACAACAACAGCAUCCCCUUCUGCCAUUUUCGCCAGGACAAUGAAGACGAUAGUGACUGGACUCGACACAGAGGCCCCUCUCCCACUCCAGGCACAGGCCCAGAUGGGGACUAUCCUGAUGGAAGUGGAUUCUACAUUUACCAUGAAUGUGACAAUGUUGCUAAUGGACAGAUAGCCCGUCUGAUCAGCCCCCCAUUGGGCAUAGGCUCCGCCCAAAUGUGCAUACAGUUCAUGUACUACAUGUAUGGGACUGACACAAGGAACAAACUGGCAGUGCUUGUUAAAAGGCCUAGUAUGGAGGAGGAGAAUGUAUGGGAGAGAAUGGGGUUCCAGAGUCCAUCAUGGCUUGGAGGCUCUGUGACUGUGUCCCGCCUUGAAGGGCAGACAAUGAAUGUUGUAUUCGUGGCAGCACGUGGGCUUACAUCCUCAUGUGACACAGCUUUGGAUAACAUUGUCAUCAGCGAGGGAGCUUGCCCAGGGUGUCUGUCUGAAUGUGACUUUGACACCACCGAUGACCUGUGCGGCUGGACCAUGGAGACUGAUCCUAGAAUCUUCGGCUGGGAGCAGUGGACUGGGCCAACUCCCACAGAAGGGACAGGACCUGAAGAUGACUUCUCCAAACCAGGCUUUGGUUCGUACAUGCUGUUAGACUCCACGUCCAGAGUGCCAGGUGCAAGUGCAGAGCUGUGGAGUCCAUCUGCUUCCUCUGCAGGAUGUCUCCAGCUCUCCUUCCACUAUACCAUGUAUGGCACUGCCACCAAUAUGCAGAUCAACAUCUACGCUGCCACAGCUGGAGGAAACCUAGGAGCUCCUAUAUUCACAUUGAAAGGGGAUCAGGGACGAGAUUGGAAUAAAGCAGAGAUUCAGUAUAUUGGAAUGGCAGAAGUCCAGUUCGUGAUUCAAGGCAUUUAUGGAGAAACAGAUAAAACAGACAUCGCUAUAGACAGUGUAUGCAUCACAGACUGCCAAGCGCCAGCAUCAACUACUGCUAAACCCUCCACAGAAGCCCCUAGACCAACCACAACAAAACCUUUGACCUCUGCAGAAUCAACAACUCCAAGCCCCACCACCACGCAGUCACCAACCACUGCACCCCCAGUGAAAUGUCCCCCCAAUGCCCACUAUAAUGAGUGCGGCCCAGCCUGCAUCCCAAGCUGCCAGAAACCCUCCACGAACUGUACCGGCUCCUGCAUCAGCGGCUGCUUCUGUGACCCAGGAUACGUGUUCCGCGGUCGCCGCUGCGUUCCCCUUCACCAGUGUGGCUGCUUGGACGAGAGCAACAACUACUAUGAGCCAGGGGAAAUCGUCUUUGGUGAUGGCUGCUCAGAGGUGUGUCGAUGCGCAGGGAACUACACGCUGAACUGUGUCAGCAAUGCCUGUGAGCCCACAGAGGAGUGUCGUGAAGUCAAUGGUGUUGCAGGCUGCUAUCCUAAAGACACCUCCACCUGCACUGCGUCAGGCGACCCUCACUACACCACGUUUGACCGCCGGCGAUAUGACUUCAUGGGCAACUGCAGCUACCUAAUGGCAGAGACCUGCAACAGCACCCUGGCCCCGCACUUUUCAGUCUACGCUGAUAACGAGCAUCGUUUCAACUUGCUUUCUGUCACCUAUAUCAAAGCAGUGCAUGUGCACACACAAGGAGUGGUGGUAUCGGUGCUGAAGGGGGGAACUGUGCAGGUGAAUCGGACCACAGUGAACUUGCCUGCGACCCCAGUUGAGGGCGUGUCUGUCUUCAAGGCGGGGAAACACUACACUGUGGCUGCAGUCUUUGGCGUUACAGUGCGAUACGAUGGAAACCACUUCAUGGACAUUAAAGUGACCAGCGAUUACAAGAACACCUUGUGUGGGCUGUGUGGAGACUAUAACGGAAACCCAAAGGAUGAUUUCCGUACACCCUCUGGUCAGCUAGUCACAAAUACCAAUGACUUUGGACACAGCUGGAACUCAGACACAAACUGCAACAAGAAGCCCAAUGAAACAAUCCCAGAAUGCACUGAUGAUCAACAGGAUAUAUAUGAGAGUCCCGCCUACUGUGGCAUGUUACUAGAUCCCAAGGGACCCUUCGCCGUCUGUCAUCCAAGAGUCAACCCCAAUGGCUUCUUCAAGGACUGUCUCUUUGACUUGUGUGCGCUGGGCGGGGCUCAAACAUCACUGUGCGAAGCACUGGAGUCCUACGUCAACGAGUGUCAGGACCGCAACGUGAACGUUGGGCCAUGGAGAAACAGCACCUUCUGUCCUCUUCGCUGCCCUGCUAAUAGCCACUACGAGGCUUGUGCCCCACCUUGUCCCCCAUCCUGCUCCAUUCCCAGCCCGGGACAGUGCAGUGGACCAUGUGCAGAGGGCUGUGUGUGUGACACAGGAUACGUUUACAGUUCUGGAAAGUGUAUUAAACAGGAGACCUGUGGGUGCCACUUCAAUGGACAGUACUACCAGGCAGGGGAAGAGUUCUACACUGAGGGCUGUGAGCUGAAGUGCACAUGUGAGGGAGGAGUUGUGAAAUGCAGCUCAGGAGAGUGUCCCCCACAGCAUGCCUGUGGACUGCAGAAUGGAGAGCUGGGCUGCUACCCCUUAAGUACAAAGGACUGUUACAUCUCAGGAGACCCACAUUACACCACCUUUGAUGGGAAAUACUACACCUUCAUGGGAACCUGCACCUAUACUCUGGCUAGGAGCUGCCAGAACCACACAGGUCCCUGGUUCUCAGUGGAGGGGAAGAAUGAGGAGAGGGGCGUGGCAGGCGUUUCAUACCUGCGCAAGCUGUACGUCACCGUCGGUGGAGUCACUGUCACUCUGAUGAAGAGCAGAAGGACUCUGGUCAAUGGACUGCGUGUGUCCCUCCCACACUCCCCUUCUCCCCUGAUCUUUCUCUACCUGGCUGGGCAGUACGUCACCAUGCAGACUCCUUUCGGUCUCACAGUACGCUGGGACGGUAACCACUACGCGCACAUCUCCGUCCCCAGCUCCUACUUUGACCAGAUGUGUGGAUUGUGUGGAGAUUAUGAUGGAAACCCUAACAAUGACUUCACCAAGCCAGACGGUUCAGCGGCUGGGAACGCAAACCAGUUUGGCAACAGCUGGCAAACUGAGGAGGACGAGGAUGACACGUGUUUGCCUGAUGACAAACCUGAACCGCCCUGUGACCCCAAUCUGGAGGCAGAGGUGUCCAAACCUCAGAAUUGUGGCAAAGUGAACGACACCCAAGGUCCUUUCAGGGACUGCAUUAACGUGGUUGACCCACGGCCCUAUUUCCAGAGCUGUGUGUAUGACAUGUGCCGCUAUGACGGGCUUCAGCAAACCCUAUGUGAUCAGCUGCAGUCCUACACAGAUGCCUGUCUCAGCGCAGGAGCUCCUGUCCACCAAUGGAGGGAGCCAGACUUCUGCCCUCUGGACUGCCCCCCCAACAGUCACUACUCCUUAUGUGUGAGCCCGUGUCCAGAGACAUGCGUGGGGCACAGUGGGGGUGCACAGCCAGGGUGCGGAGAGAACUGCGUGGAGGGCUGCAAGUGCGACCCCGGCUUCAUCCUCAGCAACGACCGCUGCGUUCCUCUCAAAGACUGCGGCUGUGUUCAGCCCCAAGGCUCUUACCACCCUGUGAAUGAGAGCUGGUAUCUGGAAGGCUGUACACAGCGCUGUGUGUGCAGAGGGGAGGGAGUGAUCGAGUGCCACAACACCUCCUGUGCCCCCAAUCAGGUCUGCCAACUGCAGGAUGGAGAAUACGGCUGUCAGGCACUGGCAACUCCGAGCCCCACAACACCUCAGCCCACAACCACUGCACCCCCAGUGAAAUGUCCCCCCAAUGCUCACUAUAAUGAGUGCGGCCCAGCCUGCAUCCCAAGCUGCCAGAAACCCUCCACGAACUGUACCGGCUCCUGCAUCAGCGGCUGCUUCUGUGACCCAGGAUACGUGUUCCGCGGUCGCCGCUGCGUUCCCCUUCACCAGUGUGGCUGCUUGGACGAGAGCAACAACUACUAUGAGCCAGGGGAAAUCGUCUUUGGUGAUGGCUGCUCAGAGGUGUGUCGAUGCGCAGGGAACUACACGCUGGACUGUGUCAGCAAUGCCUGUGAGCCCACAGAGGAGUGUCGUGAAGUCAAUGGUGUUGCAGGUUGCUAUCCUAAAGACACCUCCACCUGCACUGCGUCAGGCGACCCUCACUACACCACGUUUGACCGCCGGCGAUAUGACUUCAUGGGCAACUGCAGCUACCUAAUGGCAGAGACCUGCAACAGCACCCUGGCCCCGCACUUUUCAGUCUACGCUGAUAACGAGCAUCGUUUCAACUUGCUUUCUGUCACCUAUAUCAAAGCAGUGCAUGUGCACACACAAGGAGUGGUGGUAUCGGUGCUGAAGGGGGGAACUGUGCAGGUGAAUCGGACCACAGUGAACUUGCCUGCGACCCCAGUUGAGGGCGUGUCUGUCUUCAAGGCGGGGAAACACUACACUGUGGCUGCAGUCUUUGGCGUUACAGUGCGAUACGAUGGAAACCACUUCAUGGACAUUAAAGUGACCAGCGAUUACAAGAACACCUUGUGUGGGCUGUGUGGAGACUAUAACGGAAACCCAAAGGAUGAUUUCCGUACACCCUCUGGUCAGCUAGUCACAAAUACCAAUGACUUUGGACACAGUUGGAACUCAGACACAAACUGCAACAAGAAGCCCAAUGAAACAAUCCCAGAAUGCACUGAUGAUCAACAGGAUAUAUAUGAGAGUCCCGCCUACUGUGGCAUGCUACUAGAUCCCAAGGGACCCUUCGCCGUCUGUCAUCCAAGAGUCAACCCCAAUGGCUUCUUCAAGGACUGUCUCUUUGACUUGUGUGCGCUGGGCGGGGCUCAAACAUCACUGUGCGAAGCAUUGGAGUCCUACGUCAACGAGUGUCAGGACCGCAACGUGAACGUUGGGCCAUGGAGAAACAGCACCUUCUGUCCUCUUCGCUGCCCUGCUAAUAGCCACUACGAGGCUUGUGCCCCACCUUGUCCCCCAUCCUGCUCCAUUCCCAGCCCGGGACAGUGCAGUGGACCAUGUGCAGAGGGCUGUGUGUGUGACACAGGAUACGUUUACAGUUCUGGAAAGUGUAUUAAACAGGAGACCUGUGGGUGCCACUUCAAUGGACAGUACUACCAGGCAGGGGAAGAGUUCUACACUGAGGGCUGUGAGCUGAAGUGCACAUGUGAGGGAGGAGUUGUGAAAUGCAGCUCAGGAGAGUGUCCCCCACAGCAUGCCUGUGGACUGCAGAAUGGAGAGCUGGGCUGCUACCCCUUAAGUACAAAGGACUGUUACAUCUCAGGAGACCCACAUUACACCACCUUUGAUGGGAAAUACUACACCUUCAUGGGAACCUGCACCUAUACUCUUGCUAGGAGCUGCCAGAACCACACAGGUCCCUGGUUCUCAGUGGAGGGGAAGAAUGAGGAGAGGGGCGUGGCAGGCGUUUCAUACCUGCGCAAGCUGUACGUCACCGUCGGUGGAGUCACUGUCACUCUGAUGAAGAGCAGAAGGACUCUGGUCAAUGGACUGCGUGUGUCCCUCCCACACUCCCCUUCUCCCCUGAUCUUUCUCUCCCUGGCUGGGCAGUACGUCACCAUGCAGACUCCUUUCGGUCUCACAGUACGCUGGGACGGUAACCACUACGCGCACAUCUCCGUCCCCAGCUCCUACUUUGACCAGAUGUGUGGAUUGUGUGGAGAUUAUGAUGGAAACCCUAACAAUGACUUCACCAAGCCAGACGGUUCAGCGGCUGGGAACGCAAACCAGUUUGGCAACAGCUGGCAAACUGAGGAGGACGAGGAUGACACGUGUUUGCCUGAUGACAAACCUGAACUGUCCUGUGACCCCAAUCUGGAGGCAGAGGUGUCCAAACCUCAGAAUUGUGGCAAACUGAACGACACCCAAGGGACUGCAUUAACGUGGUUGACCCACGGCCCUAUUUCCAGAGCUGUGUGUAUGACAUGUGCCGCUAUGACGGGCUUCAGCAAACCCUAUGUGAUCAGCUGCAGUCCUACACAGAUGCCUGUCUCAGCGCAGGAGCUCCUGUCCACCAAUGGAGGGAGCCAGACUUCUGCCCUCUGGACUGCCCCCCCCAACAGUCACUACUCCUUAUGUGUGAGCCCGUGUCCAGAGACAUGCGUGGGGCACAGUGGGGGUGCACAGCCAGGGUGCGGAGAGAACUGCGUGGAGGGCUGCAAGUGCGACCCCGGCUUCAUCCUCAGCAACGACCGCUGCGUUCCUCUCAAAGACUGCGGCUGUGUUCAGCCCCAAGGCUCUUACCACCCUGUGAAUGAGAGCUGGUAUCUGGAAGGCUGUACACAGCGCUGUGUGUGCAGAGGGGAGGGAGUGAUCGAGUGCCACAACACCUCCUGUGCCCCCAAUCAGGUCUGCCAACUGCAGGAUGGAGAAUACGGCUGUCAGGCACUGGCAACUCCGAGCCCCACAACACCUCAGCCCACAACCACUGCACCCCCAGUGAAAUGUCCCCCCAAUGCUCACUAUAAUGAGUGCGGCCCAGCCUGCAUCCCAAGCUGCCAGAAACCCUCCACGAACUGUACCGGCUCCUGCAUCAGCGGCUGCUUCUGUGACCCAGGAUACGUGUUCCGCGGUCGCCGCUGCGUUCCCCUUCACCAGUGUGGCUGCUUGGACGAGAGCAACAACUACUAUGAGCCAGGGGAAAUCGUCUUUGGUGAUGGCUGCUCAGAGGUGUGUCGAUGCGCAGGGAACUACACGCUGGACUGUGUCAGCAAUGCCUGUGAGCCCACAGAGGAGUGUCGUGAAGUCAAUGGUGUUGCAGGCUGCUAUCCUAAAGACACCUCCACCUGCACUGCGUCAGGCGACCCUCACUACACCACGUUUGACCGCCGGCGAUAUGACUUCAUGGGCAACUGCAGCUACCUAAUGGCAGAGACCUGCAACAGCACCCUGGCCCCGCACUUUUCAGUCUACGCUGAUAACGAGCAUCGUUUCAACUUGCUUUCUGUCACCUAUAUCAAAGCAGUGCAUGUGCACACACAAGGAGUGGUGGUAUCGGUGCUGAAGGGGGGAACUGUGCAGGUGAAUCGGACCACAGUGAACUUGCCUGCGACCCCAGUUGAGGGCGUGUCUGUCUUCAAGGCGGGGAAACACUACACUGUGGCUGCAGUCUUUGGCGUUACAGUGCGAUACGAUGGAAACCACUUCAUGGACAUUAAAGUGACCAGCGAUUACAAGAACACCUUGUGUGGGCUGUGUGGAGACUAUAACGGAAACCCAAAGGAUGAUUUCCGUACACCCUCUGGUCAGCUAGUCACAAAUACCAAUGACUUUGGACACAGUUGGAACUCAGACACAAACUGCAACAAGAAGCCCAAUGAAACAAUCCCAGAAUGCACUGAUGAUCAACAGGAUAUAUAUGAGAGUCCCGCCUACUGUGGCAUGCUACUAGAUCCCAAGGGACCCUUCGCCGUCUGUCAUCCAAGAGUCAACCCCAAUGGCUUCUUCAAGGACUGUCUCUUUGACUUGUGUGCGCUGGGCGGGGCUCAAACAUCACUGUGCGAAGCAUUGGAGUCCUACGUCAACGAGUGUCAGGACCGCAACGUGAACGUUGGGCCAUGGAGAAACAGCACCUUCUGUCCUCUUCGCUGCCCUGCUAAUAGCCACUACGAGGCUUGUGCCCCACCUUGUCCCCCAUCCUGCUCCAUUCCCAGCCCGGGACAGUGCAGUGGACCAUGUGCAGAGGGCUGUGUGUGUGACACAGGAUACGUUUACAGUUCUGGAAAGUGUAUUAAACAGGAGACCUGUGGGUGCCACUUCAAUGGACAGUACUACCAGGCAGGGGAAGAGUUCUACACUGAGGGCUGUGAGCUGAAGUGCACAUGUGAGGGAGGAGUUGUGAAAUGCAGCUCAGGAGAGUGUCCCCCACAGCAUGCCUGUGGACUGCAGAAUGGAGAGCUGGGCUGCUACCCCUUAAGUACAAAGGACUGUUACAUCUCAGGAGACCCACAUUACACCACCUUUGAUGGGAAAUACUACACCUUCAUGGGAACCUGCACCUAUACUCUGGCUAGGAGCUGCCAGAACCACACAGGUCCCUGGUUCUCAGUGGAGGGGAAGAAUGAGGAGAGGGGCGUGGCAGGCGUUUCAUACCUGCGCAAGCUGUACGUCACCGUCGGUGGAGUCACUGUCACUCUGAUGAAGAGCAGAAGGACUCUGGUCAAUGGACUGCGUGUGUCCCUCCCACACUCCCCUUCUCCCCUGAUCUUUCUCUCCCUGGCUGGGCAGUACGUCACCAUGCAGACUCCUUUCGGUCUCACAGUACGCUGGGACGGUAACCACUACGCGCACAUCUCCGUCCCCAGCUCCUACUUUGACCAGAUGUGUGGAUUGUGUGGAGAUUAUGAUGGAAACCCUAACAAUGACUUCACCAAGCCAGACGGUUCAGCGGCUGGGAACGCAAACCAGUUUGGCAACAGCUGGCAAACUGAGGAGGACGAGGAUGACACGUGUUUGCCUGAUGACAAACCUGAACCGCCCUGUGACCCCAAUCUGGAGGCAGAGGUGUCCAAACCUCAGAAUUGUGGCAAACUGAACGACACCCAAGGUCCUUUCAGGGACUGCAUUAACGUGGUUGACCCACGGCCCUAUUUCCAGAGCUGUGUGUAUGACAUGUGCCGCUAUGACGGGCUUCAGCAAACCCUAUGUGAUCAGCUGCAGUCCUACACAGAUGCCUGUCUCAGCGCAGGAGCUCCUGUCCACCAAUGGAGGGAGCCAGACUUCUGCCCUCUGGACUGCCCCCCCAACAGUCACUACUCCUUAUGUGUGAGCCCGUGUCCAGAGACAUGCGUGGGGCACAGUGGGGGUGCACAGCCAGGGUGCGGAGAGAACUGCGUGGAGGGCUGCAAGUGCGACCCCGGCUUCAUCCUCAGCAACGACCGCUGCGUACCUCUCAAAGACUGCGGCUGUGUUGAGCCCCAAGGCUAUUACCACCCUGUGAAUGAGAGCUGGUAUCUGGAAGGCUGUACACAGCGCUGUGUGUGCAGAGGGGAGGGAGUGAUCGAGUGCCACAACACCUCCUGUGCCCCCAAUCAGGUCUGCCAACUGCAGGAUGGAGAAUACGGCUGUCAGGCACUGGCAACUCCGAGCCCCACAACACCUCAGCCCACAACCACUGCACCCCCAGUGAAAUGUCCCCCCAAUGCUCACUAUAAUGAGUGCGGCCCAGCCUGCAUCCCAAGCUGCCAGAAACCCUCCACGAACUGUACCGGCUCCUGCAUCAGCGGCUGCUUCUGUGACCCAGGAUACGUGUUCCGCGGUCGCCGCUGCGUUCCCCUUCACCAGUGUGGCUGCUUGGACGAGAGCAACAACUACUAUGAGCCAGGGGAAAUCGUCUUUGGUGAUGGCUGCUCAGAGGUGUGUCGAUGCGCAGGGAACUACACGCUGGACUGUGUCAGCAAUGCCUGUGAGCCCACAGAGGAGUGUCGUGAAGUCAAUGGUGUUGCAGGCUGCUAUCCUAAAGACACCUCUACCUGCACUGCGUCAGGCGACCCUCACUACACCACGUUUGACCGCCGGCGAUAUGACUUCAUGGGCAACUGCAGCUACCUAAUGGCAGAGACCUGCAACAGCACCCUGGCUCCGCACUUUUCAGUCUACGCUGAUAACGAGCAUCGUUUCAACUUGCUUUCUGUCACCUAUAUCAAAGCAGUGCAUGUGCACACACAAGGAGUGGUGGUAUCGGUGCUGAAGGGGGGAACUGUGCAGGUGAAUCGGACCACAGUGAACUUGCCUGCGACCCCAGUUGAGGGCGUGUCUGUCUUCAAGGCGGGGAAACACUACACUGUGGCUGCAGUCUUUGGCGUUACAGUGCGAUAUGAUGGAAACCACUUCAUGGACAUUAAAGUGACCAGCGAUUACAAGAACACCUUGUGUGGGCUGUGUGGAGACUAUAACGGAAACCCAAAGGAUGAUUUCCGUACACCCUCUGGUCAGCUAGUCACAAAUACCAAUGACUUUGGACACAGCUGGAACUCAGACACAAACUGCAACAAGAAGCCCAAUGAAACAAUCCCAGAAUGCACUGAUGAUCAACAGGAUAUAUAUGAGAGUCCCGCCUACUGUGGCAUGUUACUAGAUCCCAAGGGACCCUUCGCCGUCUGUCAUCCAAGAGUCAACCCCAAUGGCUUCUUCAAGAACUGUCUCUUUGACUUGUGUGCGCUGGGCGGGGCUCAAACAUCACUGUGCGAAGCACUGGAGUCCUACGUCAACGAGUGUCAGGACCGCAACGUGAACGUUGGGCCAUGGAGAAACAGCACCUUCUGUCCUCUUCGCUGCCCUGCUAAUAGCCACUACGAGGCUUGUGCCCCACCUUGUCCCCCAUCCUGCUCCAUUCCCAGCCCGGGACAGUGCAGUGGACCAUGUGCAGAGGGCUGUGUGUGUGACACAGGAUACGUUUACAGUUCUGGAAAGUGUAUAAAACAGGAGACCUGUGGGUGCCACUUCAAUGGACAGUACUACCAGGCAGGGGAAGAGUUCUACACUGAGGGCUGUGAGCUGAAGUGCACAUGUGAGGGAGGAAUUGUGAAAUGCAGCUCAGGAGAGUGUCCCCCACAGCAUGCCUGUGGACUGCAGAAUGGAGAGCUGGGCUGCUACCCCUUAAGUACAAAGGACUGUUACAUCUCAGGAGACCCACAUUACACCACCUUUGAUGGGAAAUACUACACCUUCAUGGGAACCUGCACCUAUACUCUGGCUAGGAGCUGCCAGAACCACACAGGUCCCUGGUUCUCAGUGGAGGGGAAGAAUGAGGAGAGGGGCGUGGCAGGCGUUUCAUACCUGCGCAAGCUGUACGUCACCGUCGGUGGAGUCACUGUCACUCUGAUGAAGAGCAGAAGGACUCUGGUCAAUGGACUGCGUGUGUCCCUCCCACACUCCCCUUCUCCCCUGAUCUUUCUCUCCCUGGCUGGGCAGUACGUCACCAUGCAGACUCCUUUCGGUCUCACAGUACGCUGGGACGGUAACCACUACGCGCACAUCUCCGUCCCCAGCUCCUACUUUGACCAGAUGUGUGGAUUGUGUGGAGAUUAUGAUGGAAACCCUAACAAUGACUUCACCAAGCCAGACGGUUCAGCGGCUGGGAACGCAGACCAGUUUGGCAACAGCUGGCAAACUGAGGAGGACGAGGAUGACACGUGUUUGCCUGAUGACAAACCUGAACCGCCCUGUGACCCCAAUCUGGAGGCAGAGGUGUCCAAACCUCAGAAUUGUGGCAAACUGAACGACACCCAAGGUCCUUUCAGGGACUGCAUUAACGUGGUUGACCCACGGCCCUAUUUCCAGAGCUGUGUGUAUGACAUGUGCCGCUAUGACGGGCUUCAGCAAACCCUAUGUGAUCAGCUGCAGUCCUACACAGAUGCCUGUCUCAGCGCAGGAGCUCCUGUCCACCAAUGGAGGGAGCCAGACUUCUGCCCUCUGGACUGCCCCCCCAACAGUCACUACUCCUUAUGUGUGAGCCUGUGUCCAGAGACAUGCGUGGGGCACAGUGGGGGUGCACAGCCAGGGUGCGGAGAGAACUGCGUGGAGGGCUGCAAGUGCGACCCCGGCUUCAUCCUCAGCAACGACCGCUGCGUACCUCUCAAAGACUGCGGCUGUGUUGAGCCCCAAGGCUCUUACCACCCUGUGAAUGAGAGCUGGUAUCUGGAAGGCUGUACACAGCGCUGUGUGUGCAGAGGGGAGGGAGUGAUCGAGUGCCACAACACCUCCUGUGCCCCCAAUCAGGUCUGCCAACUGCAGGAUGGAGAAUACGGCUGUCAGGCACUGGCAACUCCGAGCCCCACAACACCUCAGCCCACAACCACUGCACCCCCAGUGAAAUGUCCCCCCAAUGCUCACUAUAAUGAGUGCGGCCCAGCCUGCAUCCCAAGCUGCCAGAAACCCUCCACGAACUGUACCGGCUCCUGCAUCAGCGGCUGCUUCUGUGACCCAGGAUACGUGUUCCGCGGUCGCCGCUGCGUUCCCCUUCACCAGUGUGGCUGCUUGGACGAGAGCAACAACUACUAUGAGCCAGGGGAAAUCGUCUUUGGUGAUGGCUGCUCAGAGGUGUGUCGAUGCGCAGGGAACUACACGCUGGACUGUGUCAGCAAUGCCUGUGAGCCCACAGAGGAGUGUCGUGAAGUCAAUGGUGUUGCAGGCUGCUAUCCUAAAGGCACCUCCACCUGCACUGCGUCAGGCGACCCUCACUACACCACGUUUGACCGCCGGCGAUAUGACUUCAUGGGCAACUGCAGCUACCUAAUGGCAGAGACCUGCAACAGCACCCUGGCCCCGCACUUUUCAGUCUACGCUGAUAACGAGCAUCGUUUCAACUUGCUUUCUGUCACCUAUAUCAAAGCAGUGCAUGUGCACACACAAGGAGUGGUGGUAUCGGUGCUGAAGGGGGGAACUGUGCAGGUGAAUCGGACCACAGUGAACUUGCCUGCGACCCCAGUUGAGGGCGUGUCUGUCUUCAAGGCGGGGAAACACUACACUGUGGCUGCAGUCUUUGGCGUUACAGUGCGAUAUGAUGGAAACCACUUCAUGGACAUUAAAGUGACCAGCGAUUACAAGAACACCUUGUGUGGGCUGUGUGGAGACUAUAACGGAAACCCAAAGGAUGAUUUCCGUACACCCUCUGGUCAGCUAGUCACAAAUACCAAUGACUUUGGACACAGCUGGAACUCAGACACAAACUGCAACAAGAAGCCCAAUGAAACAAUCCCAGAAUGCACUGAUGAUCAACAGGAUAUAUAUGAGAGUCCCGCCUACUGUGGCAUGUUACUAGAUCCCAAGGGACCCUUCGCCGUCUGUCAUCCAAGAGUCAACCCCAAUGGCUUCUUCAAGAACUGUCUCUUUGACUUGUGUGCGCUGGGCGGGGCUCAAACAUCACUGUGCGAAGCACUGGAGUCCUACGUCAACGAGUGUCAGGACCGCAACGUGAACGUUGGGCCAUGGAGAAACAGCACCUUCUGUCCUCUUCGCUGCCCUGCUAAUAGCCACUACGAGGCUUGUGCCCCACCUUGUCCCCCAUCCUGCUCCAUUCCCAGCCCGGGACAGUGCAGUGGACCAUGUGCAGAGGGCUGUGUGUGUGACACAGGAUAUGUUUACAGUUCUGGAAAGUGUAUAAAACAGGAGACCUGUGGGUGCCACUUCAAUGGACAGUACUACCAGGCAGGGGAAGAGUUCUACACUGAGGGCUGUGAGCUGAAGUGCACAUGUGAGGGAGGAAUUGUGAAAUGCAGCUCAGGAGAGUGUCCCCCACAGCAUGCCUGUGGACUGCAGAAUGGAGAGCUGGGCUGCUACCCCUUAAGUACAAAGGACUGUUACAUCUCAGGAGACCCACAUUACACCACCUUUGAUGGGAAAUACUACACCUUCAUGGGAACCUGCACCUAUACUCUGGCUAGGAGCUGCCAGAACCACACAGGUCCCUGGUUCUCAGUGGAGGGGAAGAAUGAGGAGAGGGGCGUGGCAGGCGUUUCAUACCUGCGCAAGCUGUACGUCACCGUCGGUGGAGUCACUGUCACUCUGAUGAAGAGCAGAAGGACUCUGGUCAAUGGACUGCGUGUGUCCCUCCCACACUCCCCUUCUCCCCUGAUCUUUCUCUCCCUGGCUGGGCAGUACGUCACCAUGCAGACUCCUUUCGGUCUCACAGUACGCUGGGACGGUAACCACUACGCGCAUAUCUCCGUCCCCAGCUCCUACUUUGACCAGAUGUGUGGAUUGUGUGGAGAUUAUGAUGGAAACCCUAACAAUGACUUCACCAAGCCAGACGGUUCAGCGGCUGGGAACACAGACCAGUUUGGCAACAGCUGGCAAACUGAGGAGGACGAGGAUGACACGUGUUUGCCUGAUGACAAACCUGAACCGCCCUGUGACCCCAAUCUGGAGGCAGAGGUGUCCAAACCUCAGAAUUGUGGCAAACUGAACGACACCCAAGGUCCUUUCAGGGACUGCAUUAACGUGGUUGACCCACGGCCCUAUUUCCAGAGCUGUGUGUAUGACAUGUGCCGCUAUGACGGGCUUCAACAAACCCUAUGUGAUCAGCUGCAGUCCUACACAGAUGCCUGUCUCAGCGCAGGAGCUCCUGUCCACCAAUGGAGGGAGCCAGACUUCUGCCCUCUGGACUGCCCCCCCAACAGUCACUACUCCUUAUGUGUGAGCCUGUGUCCAGAGACAUGCGUGGGGCACAGUGGGGGUGCACAGCCAGGGUGCGGAGAGAACUGCGUGGAGGGCUGCAAGUGCGACCCCGGCUUCAUCCUCAGCAACGACCGCUGCGUACCUCUCAAAGACUGCGGCUGUGUUGAGCCCCAAGGCUCUUACCACCCUGUGAAUGAGAGCUGGUAUCUGGAAGGCUGUACACAGCGCUGUGUGUGCAGAGGGGAGGGAGUGAUCGAGUGCCACAACACCUCCUGUGCCCCCAAUCAGGUCUGCCAACUGCAGGAUGGAGAAUACGGCUGUCAGGCACUGGGUAGUGGAACUUGUUCAGCUUCUGGUGAUCCUCACUACAUCUCCUUUGACAAGAAAGUUCAUCACUUUCAGGGCUCUUGCUCGUAUACUUUUACUGAGCCAUGUAAUGCCUCUUCUGGGUUGCCAUACUUCUCCGUCAUCACCCAGAAUGAACAUCGGCACAACAACAAGGAUGUCUCUUAUGUCCGUGCUGUUAUUAUCAAUAUGCAAGGAUCAGAAUUCAUACUGAGCAAAGGGCGAAAAGCUCAGGUGAAUGGUGUAAGGGUCCACCUCCCUGUGUCUCUGCCCAAUGGUGUGAGCAUCCAUUUGAGUGGGACUUUUGUGGUUCUGGAUGCAGAUUUUGGCCUGCUGGUGCGAUAUGAUGGGAACCACCAUGUGGAUGUCAGCCUACCUUCCUCCUAUAGUGGACUAUUGUGUGGACUUUGUGGUAACUAUAAUGGCAAACCCAGUGAUGAUAACCUGAAACCAGAUGGCAAACCGGCAGCCAACACCAAUCAACUGGGAGAAAGUUGGCAGGUCGCAGACAACCGCACCGACUGUUCUAGCGGGGGAGUAGAUGAGUGUGACGAGAAGGUGGAGAAUGAAGCUCAGAAACCAGUCAGCUGUGGCAUGAUUACUGACCCCAGUGGUAUUUUCAAGCCCUGCCACACAGUGGUGCCCCCAGAUAUUUAUUUUGAGAACUGUGUGUAUGACCAGUGCGCAACUGGGGGAGACACUGUGGCUCUGUGCCAGGCACUCCAAAGCUAUGCUGACAUCUGUGCCCUGAGUGGAGUUCCCAUUUCUUGGAGAAACAACACCUUCUGCCCUCUCAAGUGCCCAGUUGGCAGUCACUACUCCCACUGUGGUUCAGCCUGCCCCACCAGUUGCCAAAACCCUGGCUCUGUCAACAGCUGUGAUAAGCCCUGCGUGGAGGGGUGUGUGUGUGACCCAGGCCUGGUACUCAGUGGGGACAAGUGUGUUCCCUUCCGUCAGUGUGGCUGUACAGACAAAGACUACAACUACCGGCCGGUAGGUGAUAGCUGGUUUCCUGUGGCUGACUGCUCAGAGCGCUGUGUGUGCUCCUCCUCUAACAACAUCACCUGUGAGCCCUGGCAGUGCAGCCCUGCCCAGGAAUGUGGGAUCCAAGAGGGCCAAUUGGGCUGCCACUCCACAGGUGUGGGAGUGUGCCAUGUGGCCGGUGACCCACACUACUACACCUUUGAUGGCAAGAUGCACACCUUCAUGGGCACCUGCUCAUACACCCUGGUAGAGGUGUGCAACAGCACCAGGGUCACCCCUUUCACUGUUGUGGCCAAGAACGAGGAGCGGGGCCAGCCGGAGGCAUCCUACGUGAGCUCUGUUACUGUCGCUCUGCCCGCUGCUAACGUCACACUCAGCAAGGGCCGCAGAGUGCUGCUGAAUGGGCGCAGGGUACGCACUCCUUUGACCAUCGCUGAAGCUGGAGCUAGGGUGGCUACCAGUGGGGUGUACAGUGUGCUGGACACAGAUUUCGGGCUGAUUGUGAAAUUUGAUGGAGUGCAUCACCUGGAGAUAAAUAUACCAGGAGACUAUUUUGGCAAGGUGUGUGGCAUGUGUGGAAAUUACAAUGGCAAUUCCACAGACGAUAACCUAAUGCCCAAUGGACAUCAAGCUAAAGAUGUAAUUGAACUGGGUAACAGCUGGAAAGCAGAGGGAGACAGUGAUCCAGGCUGCCAGCCGGAUGACAGGGAGGAACUGCACCCCAACUGCACAGCGGCAGAGGAGUCCCAGUACAAGGCUUUGUGCGCCAAACUGAUUAUGUCCGAUCGCUUCCAGCCCUGCCACUCCGCAUUGGCCCCAGAGCCCUUCCUGGACAACUGCGUGUAUGACAUGUGCGAGUACAAUGGCAUGCAGGGGAUGCUGUGUGACAACGUGGAGGCAUACGCACAGGCCUGCCAGAGCCUUGGAAUCACAAUCAGCUGGAGGAAUCAGACAUUCUGUCCUCUGCCUUGCCCUCCCAACAGCCACUACUCAGACUGCACAGCCCCCUGUCCUGCCAGCUGCGCAGACCUCUUUCCCGUUAGCUGCCCUCAGCCACCCAGCGCGUGUGUGGAGGGCUGCCAGUGCAAUGCCGGCUUUGUGCUGAGCGACGAUCGGUGUGUGCCACUGGCAAACUGUGGCUGCGUGGAUCCCAGCGGGGAGUACCACGAUGUGGGUGACUCUUGGCUGAAUGACCACUGCAACAGACGGUGCAGCUGCACCCUGGGGGGAAUCCUGAGCUGUGUGCCAUUUGAGUGCAGAGACAACUCCAUCUGUUCCCUGGACAAGGAGGGAAUUCGCUACUGCAAGCCUGAGAGGUUUGUGAAGUGUAGUAUUUCAGGAGACCCACAUUACCGUACCUUUGACGGGUUCGUUCACCACUACCAAGGCCCCCACACCUAUGUCCUCACCCAGAGCCACAACAUAUCCGACUCACUGGUGCCCCUGACUGUUCGGGGCAAGAACACACGGAGAGGUGGUAACAGUCGUGUCUCUUUCCUGCACGAAGUCUAUGUGGAUGUGUACAAGGUCAAUGUUCGCUUCUUGCAGAAAAGGAUAAUCCUGGUGAAUGGGGAGAGAGUGCAGCCUCCCCUGCAGCCCAUGGAUGGUCUCAAAGUCACCAUGAACUCCCGGAUCAUGCAGCUGUCUACUGACUUUGGCCUCACAGUCCGCUUUGAUGGCAAAAGCCAUGCAGAGGUGGUUCUACCUAGCACCUACAAGUCACUGGUCAGGGGACUGUGUGGGAACUAUGACGGCCGACCCAACAACGAGUACAUAAAGCCAGAUGGCACACUCACUCGCAAUUUAAACGUGUUUGGGGACAGCUGGAGAGUGAGUGACCGGCAAGAGCCUGCCCUGCGCACUGUCACCUUGCCUGGAGUAGUGCGCCUGCAUAGGCGUGAGGUGGAGCUGGAGCCAGACAACGGGUUCGAAACCGACGGGUGCACAGAGACACAGCUGAGCGAGCUAAACAAAACGAGCCAGUGUGGAGCUCUUUCUGAUCCUGCGGGACCCUUCGCAGCCUGCCACUCUACAAUCCAGCCCGAGAUGUUCCAGGAUGACUGUGUGUUCGACAUCUGCGCAGUGCAAAGUAGCCCUCAGCUGCGUUGUGACAACUAUGAGGUAUACGCUCAGGCCUGUCAAGAGCAGGGUGUCACCCUUGGGAACUGGAGACUGAAGUUACAGUGCGUCCUGACGUGUCCAGCAAACAGCACGUACAAGCCCUGCGUGUCCCCGUGCCCGGCCUCCUGUGCUGACCUAGCCGCUCCAUCUGAGUGCCCGGAGCCAUUCUGCACGGAGGGCUGUCAGUGUGACCCGGGACACGUUCUGAGUGGAACCGCCUGUGUGCCUUACACUCAGUGUGGCUGCACUUUCCAGGAACGAUAUUACCUGCUGAAUGAGAAGUUUGUGUCAGAGGACUGCUCUCAGAGCUGUGAAUGCACACCAACAGGGGCUGUAUGUCAAUCAAAAAGCUGUCCAGAUACCCAUGUCUGCACCAUCUACAACAUGACACGAGAUUGCUUCAAAAAGAGUUCUUGUUUGAGCUACCCCUGUCUCAAUGGAGGGACAUGCCUAGAUUCAUCUGUGGAUCCAGGGUUUACCUGUCAGUGUGCUGAAGGGUUCCAGGGUCUACUCUGUGAGGCAGAAAAAUAUCCCAGCACUGGUCUAGAUAAGAAGACAAUUAUUCUCAUUGGAGUUCUGGUUCCCCUAGGAGUCAUUCUCCUACUCUUGAUAUGCAUUUGUGUAUAUAAACAAAUAGCAAGAAAGGGGAGAUUGCAUGUUAAAGACAAACUUAGGAUGUCCAAAACAAAAGGUCCCAAUUAUGAAAACAUGGAUUCUACGCAUAUGAAGACAAAAGUCACAAAGUUUUGACCAGGUUUUAAACGGCUUCAUCCAGAGAAAUACAUGGACAGUAAUUAAUUAUAUAUUUACUGUUAAUUGCAGAUGACUACCAUAUUUGUAUUCUCAGAUUAAAAUAGAGAUCUUCUCAAUUCCACCAUUUAUCAUCUCUCCUUAUUUGUUUUGAACUAUGUGUGUUAAUUGAAAUUAUUUUACAUUUUUAUUAACUUAUUUUUAAAAUUGGUAAUUACGAAUGUAUUACAACAUGACCUGAAGAGUGAAAUUACGCUUCUGUAACUGUUUCCAAUAAACACAUCAGUUUCUGU